AAACUCAGUGGGUAAUAUUUGACACCGGCAAUAAUUGACAACAAUGACAAGUAAAUACACAAGUUUUUAUAACUUAAUAAUUGACGUUUAAAUUUUUUGAAAUAAUUUCUUUAAUACCCAGUGUUUAGUUUCCGGGUUUAUACUGUAGUUAUCAUAACUCAUAUAAUUGAAGGUCAACAUUGCAAUCUAUACUAUCGAAUAAUUUCAUGAAAUGACUUUUAGAGAAUUCUUCAAAAAUUAUUCGUAUUUUUAUGACAGUUACUAUCAGUAAAUUAUUUAAAAUUUCAAAUUUUAAAAACUGAAAGUUUUUGUUCAAAAAGGCAAAUAAUUGUUUAAAUAAAUUUAGCAGUUUAAUUUGUCGAUGGGAUUUAUUGAUGAUGAAUUACAAGAAGUAUCAAAACUCUGCGAAAAUGUUAUCAAAGAUAGUCGACUUGUUUCUUGUGUGCCAGCUAUGGUUCGAACAGAAAUAACACAAACAGCAUUUAAAAAAAUAAUUGUUUGCAUUCAAUUUCCGAGUGAUUACCCUCAAGUGCCACUUUUGAUUGAACUUAAAAGCAAAACAUUAUCAUCAAAAUUAUUAUUAAAGCUCACUGAAGUUUGUGAAAAAGAAUGUAAAAAUUUAAUAGGAAAAGCACAGAUUUUACCAACAUUGAAAUUAAUACAAAACUUUAUUGAAGACAAUCCAUUAAUUUGUUGUUACGACGAAAUAUCAUUGAUAAAAAAGCUUAUGAAUGAACGAGAUAGUUUUAAAUUGAAACAAAAAUCAUCGUCAAUUUAUUUAGAAAUAUAUCAAGAUAAUUAUUUUUAUAAAUCUAAAAUAAUUGUACCUCAUGAUUAUCCUUUAACAUCAGUAAGUAUCAAUGAUGUUGAAACAAAUUUUCCGCCGAUAUUUUCACGUUAUUUUAUUGGUCAAGCUCGAGAGUUAGGGCGACGUUGUGUUGAGCCACCGCUCAAAAAACAACUUAAUCAAAUAUUUUCUCCAUCACCUUCGUUAAAUUGUGUAAUAUCUUUUUUAAUCAGAGCUAUUAAAACAUUACCAAAUGAGAAAUGUCAGUGGUGCAAAAAAUCGUGUCUUCCAGAAAAUCCAGCACAAGCUAUUUUAGAUGAAAACGCAGACUUACAUGUAGAAAGACUUUAUUGUGGUCAUCUUUUUCACUUGAAAUGUUUAUUAAAAUAUAUGAAAACUCCUCCUUUUCAUGGAGGUAAAAAAUGUCCAACGUGUGGACAACGAGUUUAUCAUGAUAAAUGGGCAGUAAGUGACAAACUUGCAGAAGACCGAUGGGCUCAUGAACAAGCUCGUGCUCGUGAGCUUGCAGAGGUCGCGGAUUUUUUCGAGUAAAGACAAUUAUUUUACCAUCAACCUACACUUCAUGAGUGUUUAUUAUAUUACAUUUAAUUGUUAUACAUAAUACAGUUUUUUUUUUUUUAAUCAAUAUUUAAUUAUAUGAUUUAAGUAUGAAAUAUUUGUAUAAAAAUAAGAUUCGUAAAUGAUCUGAUAACUUACAAUUAUAUUAGUACGAAAAUUGAUAAAAUAUUUGUACCAAUAAAAUAAGUAAUAAAUAUAAAUUUAUAUGGAAUAGCCUUAA